CCCCCCUUCCCACCUUGUGUGAGCUAUUCUGCCGCGCACUAGACCCCAGAACCUUCCUCUGACAGCUCCGCUCCUUCCCCGCUUACCCUAUUCUUCCUUCUCAACCAUCUCCUCGCUCUCAUCAAUUGAUCACUUGCUCCUCCAAAUAUCUUUUUUUCCUCCGCCCUGUAUCUUGUUUAUUAACAAUAUGGCUCUCGCAACACCAAAACACAAAUUUUUGGUCUGGGGAGGAAAUGGAUGGGUUGCUGGCCACUUGAAGACAAUUCUCGAAAGUCAGGGCAAAGAGGUUCUGACCACAACUGUGAGAAUGGAAGACCGCGAAUCCGUUCUAAAGCUGCUUGAUGAGGUCAAGCCUACCCAUGUUCUCAACGCUGCUGGUUGCACCGGAAGACCUAAUGUCGAUUGGUGCGAGGAUAACAAGGAGGCUACCAUUCGUUCUAAUGUGAUUGGUACCUUGAACCUGACCGAUUGCUGUUUCUUGAGAAAAAUCCAUUGUACCGUGUUUGCCACCGGAUGCGUUUACCACUACGACGAUAAGCAUCCCAUUGGUGGCGCAAGUUUCAAGGAGGAAGAUCCAGCGAACUUUGAUGGAUCUUUCUACUCGGCUACCAAGUCCAGGGUUGAGGAGAUCUUGAUCCACUAUCCCAAUGUCUUGAUCCUUAGACUUAGGAUGCCCGUUUCGGAUGACUUGCACGGAAGAAACUUUGUUACUAAGAUUACCAAAUAUGACCGAGUUGUUGAUAUCCCUAACUCAAACACAAUCCUCACAGACCUCCUUCCGGCGUCCAUCAUUCUUGCUGAGAACAAUGAGCUUGGAGUUUAUAACUUUACCAACCCUGGCGCUAUUUCGCACAACGAAGUUCUUGCUCUGUUCAAGAAGCAUGUCCGCCCUUCUUUUGAAUGGAAGAACUUCUCUGUUGAGGAGCAGAGUAAGGUUAUCAAGGCUGGCAGGUCUAACUGUGAACUUGACUCCACCAAGCUCGUCAACAAGCUCAAGGAAUACAACUACACGGUCCCCGAAAUUCAUGAGGCUUAUGAGCAGUGCUUCAUUCGUAUGGCUAAGAAUGGAGAGAAAUAGGCUACCGAUUCGAGGAGCUGCUGAUUCCAACCCUUUAUUGUUCUUUGUAGUUUGGAAUUUUAUUUCUGUUGAGCUGAA